UUGGGCGUCAUCAGUUCUCUGUUGCGUGAUGUGUGCAUGAGGUGGGAGCUAUGCUAAGGUCCGCCGUUCCCCCGCGCUACCCUGCUGUAGACACCAGUCAGCAGUUGGUGCCAAGCCCUAGCCACUCUGGCGGUGCGGCGAGCCCGGUGUCCAUGGCCGACCAGUGGGGCAUGAAUGAGUUGGGCGUCUGGUUCGACGAUUCGGAUACCAAGAUCAAGCAGGAGCCCCAAUCGGCGCCUUCGUCGCCGCAGUCGUCCUGCAUGAUGGGCGGCGGCGGGAUGCUCGACUACCCCGCCGUCCUCGAGGAACUCGUGAACGUGACCAAGAACUGCGGUCUGCCGGCGCAGAGGGCGCCCGUGGGUCAACCGUCGAGCCCCAGCAUGUACGACGAGCCGUGCUCGGGUUCAGUGCGUUACGUGGUGUCCAAGAACAGUCCGGUGCUAGUGGACAAGUGUCGCCCGCCGCCUCCGUCGUAUCCGCAGCGAGUGACGGUCAAGACCGAGGACUGUUCGCAGAGUUACUGUUGUGGCUCGCUGUCGGCCGACAAGCUGGAUCAGCUCCGUGUGCUCGCCGUGCAGCAGGCGACGAAGGACAUCGACGUCGCCUGCCAGAUCCUCAACAUUUCGCCCGAUCCCUAUCAUUGGAGCGUGAACAACGUCCAUUCCUGGCUCGUGUGGACGCAACAGCAGUACGGCUGUCCUGCCAUCAAGCCCGAAUACUUCAACAUGGAUGGCUCCGCACUGUGCACUCUCAGUGAGGAUGAUUUUCGCAUGAGGGCCCCAGGAUCCGGAGACAUCCUAAGCGCCCAGCUGGAGAUCUGGAAAUCUGCUGCCCACCUGCGCCCCCCCGAGCACGGCCAGCGCUCACCGCAGCAAUUCUGCCCAGAAGACAGCGUCCUGGACCUGGCGGGGCUCCUGGGCCAGACGAUAUCUGGCAGUGGCGCGGACCCGUCGUCCGCCGUGCAGCACUCGGUCCCGCUCAACCUGAGCGACAACCACAGCGACGGACUUCACAGUGAUGACGAGGCGAGCGACGCCAGCAGCGACCUGGCCGACCGCUGCGUCCACGGUCUCGUGGCCGGGAACGGCGGCGGGCCUCGAACUCCGUCGUCGUCGCACAUCCACCUGUGGCAGUUCCUCAAAGAGCUGCUCUCCCAGCCUCAGCUGUACGGCAGCUGCAUCCGCUGGCUGGACCGCACCCGCGGCGUCUUCAAGAUCGAGGACUCCGUGCGCGUGGCCCGCCUCUGGGGCAAGCGCAAGAACCGUCCGGCCAUGAACUACGACAAGCUGAGCCGCUCCAUCCGCCAGUACUACAAGAAGGGCAUCAUGAAGAAGACGGAGCGCUCGCAGAGGCUCGUGUACCAGUUCUGCGCGCCCUACAGCUGUUGAUCCCGGUUCCCUGUAAGGGCGGCUCGCGCUCGGCCCCACCCUGGCUUUCAGCUGGUUCUGGGCCGCGGGGCUGGGCUGUUGCGGGCCGCCUGGGUUCCCCCAAAACGCGUGGAAAAAUGUUCGCUUUUUCGUUCCUCAGCGUAACGCCAGUGGCGUGACUCUCCUGUACAUAUAUGACGACCGAUUCCUUUUUUAUUUUAUUUUUUUUCCCGCUCGUGGCACUGCGGCUGGUUCCGCAGUGUCGUUCGUUCUUUGUACGUGCUAUGAGGUCUCCUUUUGCCGGCAUGUUUAUUAUUAUUAUUAUUAUUUUUUUUUUUUUGCAAAAUGAAAGGUCAAUGCGCUGAACCCUAGAAAACGGUUCUGAGAGUUUUUAGAUUUGAAUUUUUUUUUUUGUUGUUCUUUUAUUUCAGCUUUAUUUAUUUUCAUUACGACACUCGCACAUGUCACACGUGCGAUCAUUGUUGCCCGGUUCUCCGACCGGCGGGGCUGACGCCUACUUGCUACGCGCGCGGAGAGGAAACACUUUCAUCUAUACUCCGUGUCACUGUUAGCCCGACCGCUUCACUCGAACCGAUGGAGCUCGAUCAAAGGGCGCCAAAGGUGCAUCUUCAUGGCAGUCGUCUUCGUGGGCUUGCUAUCGCCGGCUAAACCAAUCGCACGCGGAAUAAAGCCCUGAAUGGAUGGAUGCUAGUUAACGGCUGCGCCCUUUUGUAACGGGCGGUACCUUGCGCCACCUGGCCGAGAAAAUAAAACCAUUGCGUGAUGGGUUUAGUCCGUCAACCCUUUGCCCAGAGGCGACCAUCCCCGUGACGAUGCCCUUUUUGCGCCGAUUGAUAAGCUCCAUGGAAUCUUAGCGUCGGCCUUGAUUGAUUGAUUGAACGAAAAUUUCACCGGAGUAUAGUCUGUCUCUUAAUCGCUCCCUUUUCCGACGCAAGCAGACCUCGUCAUGUACGCAGUUACACUCAUGUUUUAUCCCUCUUUUCGCAGUCCCUCUCUCUCAUUGUCCAGACUUUUGCCGAUGUGACGGUGGGCCGUAGACGUCGUGGCGCUUGGCUGCGAGAGUAACUCGCACGCGAAGGCCUCCUACUUACCGUCGACGGUGCUCCGAGUGGUGGAGCAGGUUUUUAUGGGCACCAUGAGCGGUCCUACGUGGGACUCGAACCCUUGGGUCCUAGAACUUCCCCCGGCGCAGAGGCGGAGGGGAAUCCCACAUAUAUCCGUGAUAUAUUGGGCAGUAUGUUCUGAGAACAAUCUUCCUUUUUUUUUUUUUUUAUACCAUGUAUCGCUUGUAGAUGAUUGUGUUGUAACCGAGGCAAGAAGUAGUGCGCGUUUGUCGUCUCUGGGAGGAUCGCGCCGUUGAUCGUUUCUCAUUCGCUCGGUAUUAUUUUCAUCUUUUUUUUUUUUUAUGGUGGCGUCAUUGUGAUCUUUUGUCUUGUGUUCACGUCAACGGCACUCCUGCAUUCAUUAUUGUAUCGCUUUAUUUAAGGAACCCAAUCAUGUUGUACAUAAUGUGCGUUUCUGCGUCAUUUCGUGCCUUUUGUCAGCGCCGCUGCCUUAUAUGACUAUAAACAAUGUACACACACACACGCUGUGCCUUACCUUACCAGUGUGUUAUGCAACGAUUGCCCGCGUUCUUAUUCGGCAACGUGAGGCAUCUCGCGCAUGUCCAGACAAGUACCUGCCGCUCGUAUUUCGAUAUACGACGCGUGUCAUGGCGUCCCUCGCAAUUUUCGUUUCUUCAUCUUGGUUGUUUUGCUCUCGCGCCUCCCGAGUUUUCGCACUGCUGUGUUCCGAGGUUCAUCAUUCGCGUUGCAUUGUUUCGGACAGUGGUGGGUUAUGUCGCUUCAGUUCAAAUAAACAAUUGUUCACGAACA